AUGCCUAGAGACAGUAGUGUAAACAGGAACUUAAACAACCCCAAUAUAUGCAAAGGUCUUACUACAGACAAUAACAAGGGAAAACAGCCUAUCUAUGAAUCAGAAACCUACAACAAGCAUAGCUCAGACAAAAACCUAGAAAAUACAAAUGCCACUACCAAAACAAACAGGCUUUUUAAUGAUAACAAAAAGAUCGAAAGGAAUGAAGAUAAACAAAAAAAGAAUUCAAAAACUGAUACACAAAGAAACAAGAAACCUUUAGAUAAAGAUACAAGAACCA